CCACCUCAUUAACCAAGUCUUCUCCCUUCUCUCCCAUCACGGCAGCAGAAUUUUUUGAUGACUAUUCAGAAGGGAGAGAAUGUGUCAACUGUGGAGCCAUGUCCACCCCGCUCUGGAGGAGGGAUGGCACGGGGCACUACCUCUGCAACGCCUGCGGGCUCUACCACAAGAUGAACGGCAUCAACCGGCCCUUGUUCAAACCUCAGAGGAGGCUGUCAGCAUCUCGCCGGGUGGGGCUCUCCUGUGCCACGUCCCGCACCUCGCUCGGGCGCAGGACCGCCGAGGGGGAGCCUGUCUGCAAUGCCUGUGGCCUCUACAUGAAGCUCCACGGGGUUCCAAGGCCCUUAGCAAUGAGAAAAGAGGGCAUCCAGACAAGGAAGCGCAAGCCAAAGAACCUUAACAAAACAAAGACAUCUGCAGGUCCAUCCAGCAGCGAGAGUCUUACCCCAACCACCAGCUCCACCAGCAGCAGCAGCAGCAGUGCCACCACCACUGAGGAAAUGCGGCCCAUCAAAACAGAACCUGGGCUCUCAUCUCAUUACGGGCACCCCAGCCCAGCUUCUCAGGCAUUCUCAGUCUCUGCCAUGUCUGGACAUGGAUCAUCUAUUCACCCUGCCAUUUCAGCUCUGAAGCUUUCCCCGCAGGCUUACCAUUCAGCUAUCAGCCAGUCUCCACAGACCAGCUCCAAACAGGACUCCUGGAACAGCCUGGUGUUAGCUGAAAACCACGGGGACAUCAUAACUGCAUAA